GUGGAACUUGGUUCACGGUUGUCGUCUGUUGUGUCGUUUUUAAAAUCGUAAUUUUGAGCUAAAGUUUCAUAAUAAAUAAAUAAACACCCAUCUUUAGGGUUUUGCGAUGUGCACAUAUAAUUUUGCAAUAAUAAUAUGUCGGCGUGGUAUUGGCGGAUGAUUGCUAUGAAAGCGGCAUUUGUGCUUACUUGUUUUGUGUCUUACGUUCUACCUGAUACGAUUCCGAAAUUACCAUUCUGUAAUCCUCACACCGCAAAAGAUGCACCUGGCUAUAAAGAUUUGGUGAUAGUAAGCACACUUGAUGGAAGAGUCACAGCAUUCUCUACAGAAAAUGGAAUCAAAGUUUGGGCAUUGGAAACCCAGCCAUUGCUUUCAUCUAAUUUACACCAUGUUGAGCUCACAUCAAGUGGGAAGUGGGUACGCCUAGUGCCGUCACUGCGCGGCAGUCUAUACAGUCUCAGCGGAGACUCGAUCGAGCCUUUGCCAUUCAACGCUGAACAGCUGCUGUCUUCCUCGUUCAAAUACUCUGAAGACUUGGUUAUAGCUGGUGCCAGAGAAACCUUAUGGAUAGGCGUCGAUGCGCACAGCGGCAAAAUCAUAUACGAGUGCAGCUCUAGCGGUUGCAAUAGCGAGCAGCAAACUGCCAGCGCGGGCCGCGAUGUUCUCAUACUGCGGAGGAAUUCCAACAUCGUGCGAGCUUUGGAUCCACGCUCCGGUACGGAAAAAUGGAACUUCAGCGUAGCAGAACACCAAAUGGCGCUAAGUCGCAGAGAGUGCGCGGGCACCAGCGGGCCGCCCAGCCCUGUCGCGAUAGCCCUCGCCAUGCCAGAGGGGGUCGUUGCCGUGAGGACGACCGACUCUAAACUACCCUUGUGGCAACGUAAGCUAGAUGCGCCGGUGUCGAAUAUGUGGAGGCUGCAAGGAGGACUGUUAGAACAUAUGGACGUACUGUGGGAGGCCGCGCAGGCCAUCGCCGAGGCAAACCCCUCCGUACCCUCGCUGUAUCUAGGGGUUCAUGAGACACAGCUAUACAUCCAAGAGAGCGUGCUAUACUCACAGAAGAUGGACACAGCGGUGUCAACGAAGCCGUUGCCAUGGAAACUGAAGCAAUCCACGCCCAUGCUCACCGAGACUGACACAGCAUUGCUGCCGCCGCGGGACGUAGAGUCUAAUGACCUGUCUGCUGUUGCCUUACAUGGGAACUUUGGGAAAAAAGACAACACGGGAUUCUUCCUCUACCUCCAAGAAACCUGCGACCAAGCAAUCCAAGUGGACGACGACGCGUUCGACGGACCCGAAAUAGUUUUACCAAACAAUAGUGAUGACCAACCGAACGACCAUCACCACGUUCAUGUCCACGUCUAUUCUCUAUGGUUCUGGUGGAAGGAGGUCCUCCUCAUAGCUGUCAGUUCCGCCCUAUUAAUGAAUUUGAUGAUUUGGCCGCGAUUCUUUGCUCCCAAAUUGAGACCUCCCACUCCAUUGCCUUUAAACCAGGAAUAUAUAGUCGUAGAGAGGCAUUACGAAAGACCUCCGUCUAAUAAUGGUACGGAGUAUUCUGGGAGGUAUGAGAAUGAUUUUACUCCUCUGAGGUGUUUGGGCAGAGGAGGGUUUGGAGUUGUUUUUGAGGCGAAGAACAAUAUCGAUCAUUGCUCGUAUGCUGUGAAGAGGAUCACUUUGCCGAAGCGGGAAUCGAAACGCGAGCGAGUGUUGCGCGAAGUGCGUGCGCUUGCUAAAUUGGAGCACGAACAUAUCGUUCGCUACUUCAACGCGUGGCUGGAAGAGCCGCCGCCGCAUUGGCAGGAGCAGAGGGACGCUUACUGGAUGAGAGAAUUAGGUGGUGCAUCAUCAGUGAUGUCCGAAGACUACACAUCGCCCGCGUCUCCGGCCGAGAAGUCCCCCGCUAAGGGCGGCAGCGUCACACUCAAUCUGCCCAAGUCUAUAGACGACUGUAUCGACGCUCUCGACUUUGACAAGAAACUCGCAGAACCUAGGAAGCCCCGAUCGUUAAGCUGCAACGACUCGUUCAGCAUAGUGUUCACUGAGAACGCGUCCAAAGACCCGCACCUGACGUCGACCACGCCGACGAAACGUCACAACAGUGACGUCACAAACCCCCACAUGCUGUCAAAGAACGUAGGGAGCGGAGACAACGACGACUCUUUCAUAGUAUUCGCCAAUUCGCAAAAUCCUUCUGAGCAUUCCAGUGGCUUCUCAGAAGCGAGAAAGGAUGUGUCUAAUAAAAUAUUGGACAAGAUCAAAGAGAGUGACAGUUUUAGUAAGAAAAAGAAGAAGGGCCACACACGGCACUGGUCGUUGGACAUGUGUGUCCGCACGCCGACGGAGAGUGGCGUGGCGGGCGGCAGCAAGAUGUACCUCUACAUACAGAUGCAGCUGUGCCGCCGGGACAGCUUGCACGACUGGCUGCGGAGCAACCGAACCUGGGACCUUAGGAGGGACCAGAUCAAAACCCUAUUCAGUCAGAUAGUAUCAGCGGUAGAAUAUGUGCACCUGGCGGGUCUUAUACACCGGGACCUUAAGCCCAGCAACAUAUUCUUUGCACCCGAUGGCAAGGUCAAAGUGGGGGACUUUGGACUCGUCACCACCAUGACGGAGAGCUCGCAGGACGGGGACUCCCCGCAGGAGGUCAACGCUUACGGGAGUCACACGCAUAGAGUUGGUACCCACCUGUACAUGUCUCCGGAGCAACUGCUAGGUCGUCCGUACAGUUACAAAGUGGACAUCUACUCCCUGGGUCUGGUUCUGUUCGAGCUGCUUCACCCAUUCGGUACCGAGGCAGAAAGGGUGUCAUGUUUAAUGCACUUGAAGAACGGCCAAUACCCUGAGGUUUUCCAACAGAGCUAUCCUAAUGAGACGGAAGUAUUGAAGCUAAUGCUGUCAGACGACCCGAAGCAGCGUCCAACAGCGAGCGGCGUUCGCGCGCGCGCCCCGCUCUACCAGUGCACCGACGAGCAGUUCCACUUCACUCUUCCCGCCCUGGCCGCGUGUUGAGCCUACUGACUUGGGCGUAUUCACGUAGAAAGCAUGUUCUACCAGUGCCUCGGACUAAUUACAAAGGGACCUGCCUCGCUAGACGUUACCCCUCUGUCACAGUAUAAGAUCAACGGUCUAACGCGUUUAUGAACACUGUCUUUAAAGAAUCUGGUUCAGCUACGGACAAUAAGGUCCAGGGUUCGAGUAUGGUUAAUCUCAAAUUGAGAUUGGCCGCCGUGGCCAAAAAAAAACAAUUCGGUCCGGAGCAUAUAGCCAAAACCAACUUAACCAGAAUAUAACUUAACUAUAACUUAACCAUAAAGCUCACCUUUUAUCUUUCUCUCUAUCUCUAUUUCUUCUCUGGCAUGAAUCAAAUUAAAACAAAAAUAAUUUACUACUUACAUAAGAAUGAAAAAUCUCUUUUUCAUUUGACUUCCUUUGUAUUAUUUGAAUUAAGCAUUUAUUGAAUCAGUAUAUUGUACUAAAUGAUAAUUAAUUAUAUUUAAUUUUGUUAUACUUUCAGAUAUCAUGUUUUUCUUUUAAAUAUACACGUAUGUUAGACAAGCACCUAUAGUCCAUUUAUUAAUUCCAUGGAAUUCUGAUUUUUCCAUUUCCAUUUCCGGUGUUUCCAUAUGGAAAACAGUUCCCAUAAAAAUGUUGGCUCUCGCAAUAAAAGUACACGCAUUCACCUUAAAAUCACUAUACCUUCAUAUCUCUUUUUUUGUUUUUUUUUUUUAAUUUAAGCCUAGGUUAAGAUAUAUUAAAUUAAAUAAAGUAAUGUUCAAAAGCCAGUGUUUAUUUUAAGGUUAGUCCACACGAGGCUUUUACGUUGCCUUAUUUGAUCAAAGCAAUAAAAUUAUGCAUGUUUAGAAUAACGAAUUAAUUAAAUUAAUGGAAAAGACUGUUCGGUGUGAAGUGUGACAUGGUCAAUAAAUAUAUAUAUUUUUAAUAGUAAAAAAUCUUAAAUAUUAUAUACAUUUUUAGCUUGCUACUCAUAUUACUCACUAUUUUACUAUUUACUUACUCAGAUUAUAAUCAAUAUGAUAAUAAUUAUGUAAAAUACUUUAAAUCUUAUAUGUUUUGGAAAUAAGUUGUAACAUACACAAUGUCUAAAAAAUGUAUAAUUUCCUUUGCUGUAACUACUUAAAGUCCGGGAUCCGUAGAACAUUUUUUACAACUGAUUACAAUCAAGUUAAAAAAUACAGCUGCUUAGUAAUAACUUUUAAUAAAUUCGUUAUUGUAAGUUAUCAAAGGAGGGUAGUUUAUCAAAGUUAUUAACCAGAUGUUUUUUUUACUGUUUAUUAAUUAAUAGUUAUACAACUUAACAGCCACAAUGUCCUACAAAUUGCGUGGUACAUUAUUUCGUUUUGACGCUCAGAAAUUUUAUUUCCUAGUUACUCUACCAGAAUCGAGAAUUUUCGUAAAUGAAAAAGUUGAUAGUCUCAUCGAGAUGAAGCUACUCACGAAAAAUUAACUUGAUAGUAAUCAGUUGUACAAAAUGUUCUACGGAUCCCUGGCUAAUAUAAUUAUAUGUUAUAUAUAAAGAAUAUAAUUAUAUGUUACUUCUGGAAUUCCGUCGUGUAGUAUAUAAACAAUAAUUUUUACAAGAAUAUACAUUCAAGUAAUGGAUUUUUUUAUCGAUAAGGUAUUAAGUUUAUUUUAAAUAUUAAGUUUCUUUUAUGUACCUAUUUGUGAAAUAUUUCCCAGUGUUAUGAUGUUUACUCAGACUAAUUACAUAAGGACCUGACUCGCUAGACGUUACUUGUCUGUCAAAGUAUUUGAUCAACGAUCUAAUGCUACUAUAUAAUAUAUAAUCUAUAAUCUUGGGUAGGUUAUUGAAAACGGUCGUUAGUUUACAAGCACUUUUGACAGUUCCAUAUUUGUUAAGAUUCUACCAUUUAUUAGUAUAAGAUUAAAAACAUAAAAAAAAAAAAAAAAUACCGACCGAAUUGAGAACCUCCUCCUUUUUGAAGUCGGUUAAUGAAAGGCAAUAUUGUUCGUGAAUUUGGGUGUAUUUCUCGAUAUAUUGGAAAUGAAUAUUGGAAUAUUGUUCGAUACUAGUCCUUAUGUAAUUACUCUGAGGAUUUUUAAUGUGUUUGUUUAUGAAUAUUAAUAUGUAAAUACAAAUACAUUGUGAAGCAAUGUACAAAAUCACAGUUUCAUGUUAAAGUCCGGCCGCUCAGAGAUUGCGUGUCUGACAAUUCGUGAUUGAAUGUGACAAACGUAUUCAAUUACGAUUGCCUCGUUAUUUUGUCUCAAAGACAAACAGUUAGCAUAACCUUAUUAAACAGCGCAGUUCAACAACCUUGUACGCCAGUUUGAAUUUACAUCGCCCAUUCGAUGACGAUCUGUCAUAAACGCAAUCUCUGAGCGGCCGGAAUUAAUGUACAGUUGUACAGAUAUUGAUAUGUAGCUCAUGUUUAGAUUUAAGUAUUCAUAACAUCACCGUAAACCCGCCAAUACGCAUUAGAUUAGCGUGGUGGGUUUAAGUUCGAUAUCCCCUUCAAUAGAGGGAGGCUUGGCCCUCUAGUGGGCUGUUAAUAUUGGCUAAUAAUUAUGAUAAUUAUUAGUAAAACAGGUAAACUAAAAAAAACUAAUUCUGUUUUAAUUUUCAAGUCUAUAAAACUCAUUUUAAUAUCUUUACAGAAUUUAGCACUAGAUUUAGGUCGAAAUACCUAAUUCGUUAUAUGUCUUGCAAUAUAAAAGUCUAAGGUUCUGGGUUCGGUCCCCGGCUGGGCCGAUUGAGGUUUUACUUAAUUGGUCCAAGUCUGGCUGGUGGGAGGCUUCGGCCGUGGCUAGUUACCCUACCGGCAAAGACAUACCGCCAAGCGAUUUAGCAUUCCGGUACGAUGUCGUGUAGAAACCGAAAGGGGUGUGGAUUUUCAUCCUUCUAACAAGUUGUCCGAUUUCAUCUUAGAUUGCAUCAUCACUUACCAUCAGGUGAAAUUGUAGUCAAGGACUAUUUGUAAAUAAUGGAAAAAAAUGCGGAAGACACUCCGCAUAUUUAUUAAAGAAGCGAAAAGAGACAAAUAUUUACAAUAUGCUAUAAGUUAAACAGUUUUAAUGUGCCACACCGGUUUUGUAUUGUUUAUAUUUCAUUUAUACUUGUUUUAUUAGAUUUUUUGAUUUAAACUAUAUUAUUAACCCUAAAAAAGUGUGACGAUAAAAAAGACAUGUAAAAAUAAAAUUACGAGUAUGUAGUCAGAAAUUAUGUAUUCAUAUCUGACCGGAAACAAAUAAAUAGCGAUUCCACUAUUAUUUUUUUCAUGUUGUCUUAGUAUGCUAAUAGAAAAAAUAACUAUGGUUUCAUGGCGAAUUUUUUUUUUGGUCAGGCUAGUUAAAAACAUCAAAAUGCGCAGUAAGUUAGUAAUGAAAAUACAGGGAAAUAACUCUACAUCAUUAUUUUAUCGAAGGCGAAUCUUAUGACUACGUACAUGCUAAAAUCCUUCAAAAUGAAUGUAGAGUGUGCCAAAGAAUUAGAUAAACAUCACACGCAAAAUAUCAUGAUUCUUGAUGAAAAUUGGUUAAUAAAUGACGAAGCCAUAAGGUAACAAACAUACGCGUUGAAUUGAGAACAUCCUCCUUUUUUGAAGUCGGUUAAUAUUACUAUUUUGCAGGAGGUAAUUUUUUUACUUUAAAAAAAAUUUCUUGUCAAUACCUAAUAAUGUGUUUUUCAAGUACAUUAAAGAUUAUACUUGUAAAAAAAUUUUUUUAAGUUGAAUAAUAGCCUCUUGUAGUCAACGAUAUAUAGAGGCGAUAUCUAUACAAAUAUUAUAAAUGCGAAGGAAGUCUGUUUGUAUGUAACCUUUUCACGGCUAAACCACUAAUCCGAUUUGAAUAUAAUUUGGUAUUGAGAUAAAGUGAACCUUGGAGCAGAACAUUUUUCCGGAAUAAUCCACGGAUUAAAAAAAACAGAUUUUACGCAAACGAACUUGCGGGCGUCUGCUAGUACAUAUAUGAAAUAUACAAUUUAUGGGCUAUUUUAUGCACGGCGAAAUCAGUUUAACUUAAAAAUAUAAAAACUAAAAUGGCUGCGCGGAAUUUUCGCCUUGUCUGAACUAGUCCUAAUGACUUGCGCUAACUUACCUGUUUAAAAUUUAGUUAGUAUGGCUUACAUUGAUCAAGCUUUUGACUCCUAUAUUUUUAAGUUUAAAAUAUGAUUGAUGAACUGAUGAAUGUUAUAGGAUUAUGAAAAUUCAUAAUAAAUAUUUUUGAAAAUU